CCCCCCCCCCCCCCCCCCCCCCCCCCCCCCCCCCACCGCCCCCCCCAUCUCUCCGCCCCGCCAGACUGUUUGCGAACUUUUUUUUUUUUUUUUUUUUCCCCCGCGUGUUGAUUCAUUUCGCCUCUUCGCUGAUGCAUCUGCAAAACGCAGACGCAUCUCGGAGGAGCGUGAACUCAGCAGCAUCGCCAGCCCCGACAUCUCCACCGCCACCACCACCACCAUCAGCAGCAGCAGCAUGUCCCGCCGCAAGCAAGCCAAGCCGCAGCACCUCAAGUCGGACGAGGACCCCGCGCUAACCGGGGUGAUCUCCGAGCACGCCCGAGGUGAUGUGCUGGAUGACGCUGACAGCGGGAAUGAGAGCCGCAGCGGCAGUGAGGAGACUCAUGUAUGUGAAAAGUGUUGUGCUGAAUUCUUCAAGUGGUCCGACUUCUGUGAACAUUUAAAGAGCUGUACCAAGAACCCCCUGGUGCUCAUAGUGAAUGACAAUGAGGACACACCUAACCCCUCUCAGGAGUACGCCUCUGAGCCCUCGCCUCUACCCAGCUGCCCCAGUGAACAGGACGACAGUGAGGACCCCAGGGAGGGCAACCAGAGUCCUGUUGGUGAGGGGGAUGACGUCCCAGAGACGGCAACCUUAAAUGUCCUAGAAAAGGAGGAUGAACAGAUGGAGAUGGAGCUUUCCCCUGAAAAGAACAUUGAUCCCGAAGAAAGAGAUGUUACAUCCCCCGAGCCAGACGGCUCUCUACCUCAGCUCAACGAUGUUGUCCCGUCUGCCGUUGCAGGCUACACCAUGCCAAGCACCAAUGUUACGUUGGAGACCUUGCACGGCACCCGGGUUGCAGUUGCCCAGUUUUCGCAGAGUGUCAGGGCGGCUGCGGGCAGUGGCGUUUCCAACAUGGCUAUCCCCAUGAUCCUUGACCAGCUGAUGGCACUCCAGCAGCAGCAAAUUCAUCAGCUCCAGCUAAUAGAACAGAUCCGAAGUCAGGUGGCUCUCAUGAACAGGCAGUCUGUCGCACAACCCGGUAUCAACCACAGCAACGCAGCUGGAAGCCAGGGGCCCGUGUCCUCCUGUGUCCCUCCUGUCGCGGGUCAGCUUCAGCUGCACAGCUUCAUCACGCCGCCCGUCCAUCAGCUGCCUGUUAGAUUGCCAGCCACUCUCAACAGUCAGGGUCCUUCACCUUUGAGCUCAGCAAUAGAGGGGCCUCUCACACAAACACAACAAAGUGGCACUCAACAGUCUAACUCCUCGGUCCCAAACACGUCCUCAAAUAAUUCAGCGUUUCCCCCACCAAGUGUUACUGGAUUGUCAUCUUUGCAUCCCUCUUGCUCAUCAGCAAUCACUAAUAACAGUAGCACCAGCAGUAGCAUAACAGGAAGUGGUGGGAUAAGCAGCAGUUCAGCGCUUCCCAGGAAUUCCACCACUCCUCCCUCCCUUAGCCACAGCAGCAUCCUGAACUCUGCCUCCACGCUACCGCUGAUACCUCACAGCUCCUCAAGCAGCGUCAUCUUCCCAAAUCCAUUGGCAAGCAUAGCAGCCACAGCCAAUGCACUCGAUCCACUCUCCGCUCUAAUGAAGCACCGCAAGGGAAAGCCCCCCAAUGUGUCUGUAUUUGACACAAAGCCCAGCUCUGAGGACCCAUUCUUUAAGCAUAAGUGUCGGUUUUGUGCCAAGGUGUUUGGCAGCGACAGCGCCCUGCAGAUCCACCUGCGUUCUCACACUGGAGAAAGGCCCUACAAAUGCAACAUUUGUGGCAACCGUUUUUCCACAAAGGGUAAUCUGAAAGUCCACUUCCAGAGGCACAAAGAGAAAUACCCACACAUUCAGAUGAACCCUUACCCUGUGCCUGAGUACCUGGACAAUGUGCCCACAAGCUCAGGCAUCCCAUACGGCAUGUCGUUGCCUCCAGAGAAACCGGUCACCACAUGGCUGGACAGUAAACCCGUCCUCCCCACUGUCCCCACUUCUGUUGGGCUCCAGCUGCCCCCGACACUCCCCAGUAUGAUCGGAGGUUUUGCCGAGUCUCCAAGCCUCACUCCGCUCAACAGGUCCCCACAGAGGCUUUCGCCGCCCUCAAGUGAGUGUGCCUCUCUGUCCCCAAAUAUCACCACUGACUCGGGCAUGACCACUACUUCACCCUCCCCAAAGCCCAACAUUGGGAAUGAGGCACCUCCUCUCUUGAAACCUGAAGGCAUCCUCCUGUCCCCAAACUGCUCUGCAAGGCCAGGGGAGAACACAAACACCACAUCUACGGUAACUCAAGUGCUUCUUUCCACCACAGUCACCUCAACAACAUCUCCAGGCAGUAGCCAAGUCACUGAGCCCAUCAGUAGCCCGAGCUCUGUUUCUAAUUCCAUCUCCCAUCCUGUCCUACCCAUGCUGUCAGACCAGUUUAAGGCGAAAUUUCCUUUCGGAGGCCUCCUGGACUCUAUGCAAACCUCAGAGACUUCCAAGUUGCAGCAACUUGUUGAGAAUAUUGACAAGAAAAUGACCGACCCCAACCAGUGUGUCAUCUGCCAUCGUGUUCUGAGCUGCCAGAGUGCCCUAAAGAUGCACUACCGGAUUCACACAGGCGAGAGGCCGUUUAAAUGCAAGAUAUGUGGACGGGCAUUCACCACCAAGGGAAACCUGAAAACACACUUUGGUGUCCACAGAUCCAAACCCCCACUUCGAGUCCAGCACUCCUGCCCUAUCUGUCAGAAGAAAUUCACCAAUGCUGUUGUUCUGCAGCAGCACAUCCGCAUGCACAUGGGAGGACAGAUCCCCAACACCCCAGUCCCAGACAACCUGCAGGACAUGGAGACAGACCUCGCAUUCGAUGAGAAGAGUCUAGACGCAAUGAGUAAUUAUGACGACGACCUUCUGGAUGAGAUGGAGCAGGCUAUGGAUGAUGAAGCUGACCUAAAAGAGUGUGAAAUGGACCCAUCCAAACCUUAUUCACCUGGGAGUUCCCCACCGACUUCCAUCAUUUCCAGCAUUGCUGCAAUGGAGAACCAGAUGAAGAUGAUAGACUCUACUGCCAACAUGGCUCGCUCGUUUGGUCAUAAGCCAUCGCAGAAUGGCAGCAGCUUUAUGGCAGAGUCUGACUGCUUUACCAUUGACUCCCUGUCCGCAGUGGGGGAUGCCGAAGGCCAGAGCUUGGGUAGCCCCGCUUUGUCAGAGUCAUCUGGCUCUAUGCAGCAUUUGUCUCCAGUUCACAUCCAUUCUGAGAGCCAGCGAUCCAAAUCCCCAGCUACACUCAUUUGUAAUAACAGCAAUGCCAUGACGGCAGACGAAGGCCCGGAUAACAACGCAGCUGGCUUGGCAACAGUGAAGUCUGAAAAAUCAGAAACCCCAUCUCCGCUUUCUGUGACUGAAGGCACCGGGGCCCUUGACCUGACUGCCACUCAACCUGGCAGGCACUUCAUCAAGGAGGAGAGCCACUUCAACAUGCUGUUUUUAAACAGAGACCGAGGGCUAAGCACACCUAAUUUGGCCAGUACUGCGACAAACAUGAUCAAAAUGGAGAUGAACGGACACGGCAAGUCCCUGAGUGACAACUCACACUUGCCCCUGGGCAUUCAGGUUCCAGCUGCAGCACCCCAUACCACCAUGAGCCCCAGCAUCAACCCCAUGUUGGCUCCCCCGCCUCCACGCCGCACUCCUAAGCAGCAUAACUGCCACUCGUGUGGGAAGAAUUUCUCCUCAGCCAGUGCUCUGCAAAUCCACGAGCGCACACACACAGGGGAGAAACCUUUUGCCUGCUCUAUUUGUGGAAGGGCUUUCACCACAAAGGGCAAUCUGAAGGUUCACAUGGGAACCCACAUGUGGAACAAUGCUCCAGCCCGCAGAGGUCGGCGAUUGUCUGUGGAGAAUCCCAUGGCCCUGUUGGGCGGGGACGCCAUGAAGUUCAGCGAGAUGUUUCAGAAGGAUCUGGCCGCACGGGCAAUGAAUGUCGACCCGGGUUUCUGGAACCAGUACGCUGCCGCUAUCACCAACGGCCUGGCCAUGAAGAACAAUGAGAUCUCUGUGAUCCAAAAUGGAGGCAUCACUCAGCUGCCCGUCAGCCUUGGCGGGGCAGGUAUCACUUCACUGGGAGCAAUGCCUGGAGGGAUGGACCGUGUUCAUGCCGGCAGCAGCCCUCCCAUGACGGGUAUAGACAAGGCUGGUCUGGAAGUCACAGCCAGUCGUCCUUUCUCCAGAUACAUGGAGGAAAACAAAGAGAUUGGGAUCAAUUAAAGACCUUUCUGUAAUAUUCCAUGGUAGACAUUGGCAAAGACUCAAAAAAACAUUUGGACAAGGAAAGAAACUGCUGAUCCAGUCUGAACUCACGUGUACUAAACUAUGUACAGAUUAAGUAUUUUUUGUUUGGUUUUGGAAAUAUAGUAUUUAGUACUGAUUAGAGGUCUUUGCCUUCCACCCAUCCCCUCUUCACUUGAUAUUUCGCCUGUACACAGAAAACUGUCUCUUGUUUGAGAAUAUGUCGUCUUGCAAGAUUUGCAUGGUACUUAUUGAUUUUUAUUGGUACGUUUGACUGCUUUUAUGAAUUCCUUUGAAAACUGGGAUCUUGUCCUAGUGAUAAAAGAACAAGUGUCUUACCUGAACAGGACUAACACCCUAAAAAGGACAGUUUUGUUUAAAGACAGUUUGGUCUUUGUACAGCAACCCUGUUAGGGAUUGUUCUUUUGAAUUUAAAGGGCCGCGGAUAGACUGAAGAAAAGACUGAAGUAUGGUGUUUUUGUGCUCGCCUGAUUUUUUUUUCUCAUGAACUAGAAAACUUGAAAAAAAAUAAUGUUUGAAAUAUUUUAAUCUUUACAUUUAGUCUCUCAGCAUUGUCUUAUAAUGUUGUCCUGUGUCUUUAGUAUUUAUGAUAUUGACAAAAAAAGCGGGUAUACAAAAAUAUAUUUAACGGCCCAUGCAUUUUAUUGAUUCAUUUUUUUUUCUAAACUGCAGGCUUCACUCUGAAUAUCUCUGUCAAUAAAGACAAUAUGUCCUUUGAGUUGAACAACAGAGAGAGAUUGUAGGUUUUAUUUGGAUAUCUGUUGAGACUAUGUGUAUCUUGUUACAUGACAAAGAGGCAAGAGAUAUCCGAAGCUGCUAUGACCACGACCCUGCUUUUAACCUUUGUAAAAAGAAAAAAAGGUGAUCCUUUUGAAGAAAUAUCUAUGUAUAGAAAUUCAGACAAAUCUAAAACAGGUAUGCAUAUUUUGUAUCUCAUAAAAAUAGACAUCAUGAGUUGAGAGUACUUGUCAUGUUUGUGAAUGCACUUUUUAAAAACAGGACGUUUUGUCUGUGAGUUACCGUUAACCUUUCGACUGAGCUAUCUAUCACGUGCUGUUUUCAUUGUUUUCGCCAGACCACUGCUCCGGCUGACAGAGGUGGUUCUCUGUUAUUGCAUCUGUGCUACUCGUCAGGGUGCAAACUCAUCACUCAAUCAAAUCCUUCUCAAAUAAAAAAAGAAAACAG